AUGGCAGCAUUCAACUGCUUUUUUAUCUCAGCUCUCUUCAUCGCUUUGUCGGUUUCAGGAGGCGAAGCAGCUCGUCAUCUCCUGCAAUUUCCACCUCUACCUUCUAUACCAAAUCUGCCUAAACCAACAUCGCCGCCAUUGCCUUCUAUACCAACACUGCCACAGCCCACAUUGCCAACCUUGCCAACCACUCAACCUUCACUGCCUAAGCCCACUCUACCUCCACUUCCUAGCCUGCCAACCAUGCCUACUCUCCCCAAGGUCACAUUGCCUCCAUUGCCAAGCAUGCCUUCAAUCCCCACUAUACCUACUACAAUUCCAUCUAUCCCCUUCCUCUCCCCUCCUCCCGGAAACUAG